GUGUCAUCUCUAACUCAGUCAGCCAAGAAGAAGAAACUUUUGCAAAAUUGGCUUUUCUCAGACUUCAUUGAUUAAACAAUUCCCAGACUAGGAUAAAAAUGUCGCUUUUUCGUAAGCCAAAGAAAAUCCAGCGUCGUGUAUUUUCCAGCAAUGCCGACGAGGAAGAAGGCGGACCGUCGCUGGAUACGGACGCCGAAAUGGAGGCGCCUCCGCCACCCAUAAUCACUGGAAAGCGGGACAAAGAGAAGAGCCGGAAGCCAAUAAAAUCACUGGAUGAUACCAAACCCAAGGCUUUGCUUAGCUUUGCGGAUGACGAGGACGAUGGUGAAGUGUUCCAAGUGCGAAAGUCGUCGCACAGCAAGAAAGUGAUGCGUAUGAUGGACAAGGAGCGACGAAAGAAAAAACGCGAGGAACGGGCGGAGAACAGCGGGCAAGGAGGCGGCGAAAAUGGUAGUACACAGCAUUUAGAGUCGUCUUCGGGUUACGGCAAUCCACAUUCAGAUGGUGGCGUUGGCCGAUACAAAGGUGCCAGCGAUCAGAGUAAAAGUAAAAAAAGUGAUAAUCAUAUGAUCCAAACCGAAAUACGCACAGACGACUUUGUGCUAGUGGUAAAGAAAUCAGAGACACCAGAGGCAAUCUUAAAUGGUCGUGCCGCCCUCUGCGCCGGACGGGAUGACUUGAGCGAUGAGGAUGACCAAUCCGAAGAUGGUGGCCGAGACAAAUCGCAUCACCGUUUCUCCAAACCGGAACAUCUGAAGCAAAUGUUGGAAAGCGGUUCUAUUCCUGAUGCAGCAAUGAUUCACGCCGCCCGGAAACGACGUCAACGUGCUAGAGAACAGGGGGCUGGCGACUUCAUACCCAUCGAGGAGCCAAAAGAGCAACCCAAGCUAAGCACACGCCUGCCUUGUGAGGAUGUAGAGGGAGACCAGUCCGAUGACGAGGAGCGCAUGGACAUGAACGACAUAACUGGACGCAAGGAACGAGAAGAGCGACGCGAGCAAUUCUAUGCAGUCGAAAAUGAUUCCACUGAUGAGGACACUGACCGCGAGAUGAACGAAUGGGAGAACCAACAGAUUCGCAAAGGCGUCACAGGGGCACAGUUAGUCCAUUCCCAACACGAGUCGGUGCUUUCCCGCUUUAUAAUAAAGCCAUCCAUGACGAGUAGCGGAGGUGUCAUAGAUGAUUCUGAGCCUCCACCCCCACAGUCUACGUCCACGCUGCUGGAAAAGGCCUACGCCAAAAACGCCUUGGAACGCAGCAAUUUAGCCACGGCAGUUCGAUCAGCUUCCAAGUCGAAAAAAGAAAAGGGAAAACCCGCCACAUUACGGACGCCUCAGGAGAUCUUCGAGGCCAUCAAAUCACGACUCACUGAACUAAAAGAAAGAUCGGCGGAUCACAGUGCCAGCAUAGACAGAAUCAGUACCGAACUAAAGUCCCUGAAGCUCCAGCAAUUAGAAUGCCAACAGAAUGCUCCCACAGCAGCGGCCAAGUACAAAUUUUAUCAGGAGGUCAAGUGCUACGUUAAGGACUUGGUCGACUGCCUCGCCGAGAAAACGCCACUGAUUAACGAUCUGGAAAAGAGGGCUCUGCAGCAAUACGGAAAGAACCAGCGAUAUUUGGUAAACCGAAGGCGCCAAGAUGUUCGAGAUCAAGCAAAGGAAAUAGCCGAGGCAUCAAAACCCAUCUCAGCAGCUGCCCGUCGAACUCCCGAAUACGAAGAGCAAGUCCGCCGUGCCGCGGAAAGGGAGGGACGACGAACGCGUCGGAGAUGUGAACGCGAACGUAAGGACCUCCUUUCCUCCCAUUUAGACGGCAUGUCCAGCGACGACGAGAUCCCCGACCAGCAACAGGAACAAAGUGUGGCUGCCUCGGCACAAAUUAAAUCUCAAUCGUUAGAGGCAUUUGAGGACGUCACCGAUGAUUUCUGCAAAGUGGAACUAAUUUUAAUGAAGUUUUACGCGUGGCGAAAAACGGACAUGUCCUCGUAUCAGGACGCAUUUGUUAGCCUGUGCCUUCCUAAGGUUUUGGCUCCCCUUGUGCGGCACGAAAUGCUAUUAUGGUCACCAAUGCUGGACGAGUAUGCCGAUAUCGAGAACAUGCGAUGGUAUCAAGCCUGUAUGUUGUAUGCCUGCCAACCUGAUGAAACAGUAGAGCAAUUAAAAAGUGAUCCGGAUGUUAAUUUGGUACCAGCAUUAGUUGAGAAAAUUGUGUUGCCUAAACUAACAGUCCUAGUUACGGAGAGUUGGGACCCGUUGUCUACCACACAAACCCUGCGCCUAGUGGGCUUCAUAAAUCGACUGGGGCGAGAGUUUCCUCUAAGUGGAACCAAUAAGCAGCUCAACAAACUUUUUGAAUCCAUUAUGGAGCGCAUGAGAUUGGCCCUUGAAAAUGAUGUAUUUAUACCCAUCUUCCCCAAGCAAGUACAAGAAGCAAAGACAUCGUUCUUCCAGCGCCAAUUCUGCAGCGGCCUUAAGCUGUUCCGCAACUUUCUUAGCUGGCAGGGCAUUCUAGCUGAUAAGCACCUCCGCGAACUGGCCAUUGCAUCGUUAUUGAAUCGAUACCUGCUUUUGGCCAUGCGCGUUUGUACUCCAAACGAUGCCAUCAACAAGGCAUAUAUAAUUGUGAAUACCCUUCCAACGGUUUGGCUAUUACCCAACAGCGAUACCCUCAAGAACUUGGAGCUUUUUAUUAAUUACAUUAAGCAAACUUUAGAGAGCUGUGAUGCAACCAAUCCAGUUUUUAUACAAUCCAGCGAUAAGGCCAAGCAAAUUCUUCAAAGACUUCAUAGUUUAUAAAAAGAACCAACCGUCACUAACUGCAAUCCCUUUAACUCGAUUUAGAAUUCAUCAAAAGAACAAUGUCUGGAUUGAUAAUAAAUAUUGUAACUUUGAGCAUCCCCUAGUGUAAAUACAAAGUGCUCAAUGUUCUCCAAAUCGAAGCUUGAGCUUAUCGAAAUCCAAA